AUGAGCGCUACAUGGUUCCAUUCACAUGGAACUGUAUGGGUAGAGUUCAGUGCUGCAGACAAUUCUGUGCUUGAGCAUGCAUGGCAGGAUGUGCAGGACAAGAUUGCAGCCCGCAAAGCCGCCGAGAAACCCACAGAGGACGCGCGGGAUGCAGAGAGCAGCGCCCGCAGCUGGAUCCCUGCCUCGAUUUGGUCGUCGACGCCUGCGGGAAAGACAUCUGUACUGCCUCCGCCUCCGCCGCCUCCUACGCCCAACUUGAAACAGACGCCAUUGCCACGUCGUUUGACGGACCCUGACGAGCCGGAAGAGAGUCGCAUCUUCCGUGUGCCUGUCUUGGAGGACCGGCUUUUUGACGUGGAUCUCUUGCAAAUGAUCAUGUACCCCGCGCUCUGGCCUGGGUACGACCAACGCGUAGUGCGCGCCAUUUGGUUCUACGUGGCAUCGGACGGCGCGUGCUCUCCAAUCGCCUUUGACUCGCCCCUGUCCCACGAUCUGGAGCAUGCGUACAACGAGGCGAAACCGUGGAAUCUCACGAUGCGCCUGCGCGAUACGCUAAGCAAGGCGAACAAGUCUCGCCGUGAAUCUAUAGAGAAGAAAAGCGCUGAUCCGCCCAUUGUCUACUACGACCUGCCCAGUGUGGUUGGCGGCGCAAAAAUUACGUUUUCAGACGCAAACAGUGCGCGCGUCUAUCCUCAAAAUAUCAGCAGCAAGUUGUUUCCAUUUCUGAAAGAGCCGCUUGUCGCGCGCGGCUACGAUUGCGCACAGGAAAUUUGCAAAACGCUGCAGAGUGGAAAAGGCGGUGUGAUGGACUUUAGCUGGGCGAAUCGCCGCGAGGCUGCGUCGCCGAAAGAAGACGCAAAAGUGUCGAACAGCUCGCAAGUGGACGGGCCAAGCUCCCCCGAAAGGCCCAGCACAUCGCACGACCCCGUGUCGAGCUCGCCGGCGCAGGGCGAAGCUGGCAAAGAGGCGCAGGGAACAAUUGUAGAGGCGUCUUGCACCGUGUCGGAUACGCCUUCGCGGUGGACUGCCUUUAGCGAGGCGUUCCUUUCCAAAACCCGAUUCAAGACGGCGGAGCAGCUGGAGCAGUUGGAGCAGUUGGAACAAGUGCCAGACACGCCACCGCGCCGCGAGUCGGCCUCGAGUCAGGUAGGGUCUAUUGCCGAGGAACUCGACGGCACAAACGAGCCGCAUUCCGAAGAAAAGGCAGAGGAUGCGCCGCAUAUUCUCUUUUGCAUCCACGGAAUCGGCCAAAAAUACUCGGAGGAUUACAUGGCCACGGAUUUUGUACACGAGCUCGACCGAUUUCGAGGAACAAUGCGCGCGCAAAUGCAGGAUCCAAACAUGAAGGCACAGCUGCGCAAUGCACGCGUCAAACUCAUCCCAAUCUUGUGGCGCCGCGACUUGCAGUUUGAGCCCGACCACGGCGCGUAUACACUACAAGAUAUCACAAACCACGGGUCCAUUCCAGCGGUCCGCGCGGUAAUUUCGAAAGUGCUGCUCGAUAUUCCAAUUUACAUGUCACACCACCGAACAACCAUGCUUCGCUCUGUCACGUACGAGCUGAACCGUCUCUAUCGGCUCUUUCUGCAGCGGAAUCCAGACUUUGAGGAGCAGGGCGGCAAGGUCUCCAUCUUGGGUCAUUCGCUAGGCUCCGCACUGGCAUCGCAUAUCUUGGACACGCAGCCUACCAUUGUGCCGCCUUUGGGGUCAGUACAUGCACCCAAUAUUCACCGCGACGCCGCACACUUGCUCUUCAAUGUCGAGCACUUCUUUUGUGUUGGGUCGCCGGUGCCGAUGCUUUACUACUUGAAUGGCUCGCGUCUUGUUGCGCGGCAUCGGUCUGCAUCGGACUAUGCGUCGCAUCCAGAUGUGUCCAGCGAGAAGGUCGGGCAGGAAGGGUGUCUUGCAGCGCAAUACAUUUACAACAUCUUUACCGCCACUGACCCCAUUAGCUUCAAAAUGUCUGCUACGGUCGAUGCCACCUAUGCCCGGAUGCUCCGUCCCGUGGAACUUCCACGCGAUCCUGCAUUGCUACAGGAGGCGUUGGAGCAGCCGCGGCUGAGUAUCGGGAGCAUUGUGCGCGAACUGAUGGAGAAACCGCCAGGUGGCUCGGACAAGACACCUGCAAAAGACGCCACGCUGGAACCUUCUGUGUGCUUGGAUGAUGGGAACGAAAAGCACGCUGUAACGCUCGCAGAUAUCGAGAUGGGCGAACGCAGAUUCCAUGCACUGAACCCUUACGGGUGCAUCGAUUUUGUCGUGGACACUGGAACACCAAACCUGUUUACUCAAUACAUCGACAUGCUGCGCGCACAUGUCCCGUCGUUUGCCAAUUUCAUUCUACGGCAGCUCAUCCCAUCCGCAUCUACUCCACGGCUCGGACCUAUCAAAAGCAGUGUGGAGGAGGAACUCGAGCUGAACCCUGCUACAGAUACAACAUCGGACAUGCGCGCGCCAAGUGCGCUGCCAUGCCUUCCCCACGAGCUUGAGCAGGAUCCACGGUUGAAAAACUAUCAGACUGUGGCUGAUCCACAGCUUCCCGAAAGCAAAGGCAAAGAAAUGUGCCGGAGAUACGAAACAGUGCCGCGCCGCCCCACGACCGAUCCACGCUCACGCGAGCCGAAAUUGCGUUUCACCAAACGCAAAGUACGCAAACACUUGGACGAAAUCGUUUACGCGCAUGAUAAGCACUCCGUCGGGCCGCCUCCGCCCCAGGAAAUUGUUGUCUACGGGCUCUCGCCGCGCAUUUCGCCAGGCACCAUCCUGCAGCAAUGUCGCGCAUUCGGCGUUGUCCAUGUAUCGGAACUCAAAGUAGACCCACAAACAGGCGAGAGUAUCGGGAUUAUGUGGGUACAGUUUCAGCAUGGGAGCACGCCGCGGGGCGAGCAGGACGCAAGCCAGGUGGCGAGUCGCGCAAAAGAAGCGCUGCACGGCCACAAGUUUGGCACAGAGACGGCGCAAGCUUGUCUCGACCGCGAAAAGACCGCGUAUAAGCGCAUGUACCGCGAUCUUUUGGGAAAGCGGUACAGCGGCGCCCGGAGACGCGUGCCGCCGCCGCCGCCGCCGCCGAAACCAGUAUCCAUGACGCGGAAGUGGGGCAAGACGCCGCCCCCGAAAGAUGCCGCGAACCGAGCGACGGCAAGCCGGGCUAUAUACCAAACAGCACGCCCCAUGCAUCUCCCACAAGACGGUCCCAAAGCCGUCACGCUGCGCACGGCAUCUGUAUUGCAACGCCUCGCAUCCCUCGGCCGCCCCUACAUUUUUUUACCACUCUCUGCACAGAUCGUUGAUGCCGACACCAUCCGACGCCAUUUUGCACACUUUUCACCGGCUUUGGUAGACAGCGAUGAGCGUGGAUGGUACGUUGGCUUCAGUGCUUCCGAUACAGCAGCGCGAUGUAAGCGUGUUUUGGACACGGCGCUGCUGGAGGGCCACAAUGUGUGCAUGGAUGUGUGCGAUGCGCCGCGCAAAGACAUGGAGCCAAGCACUGCUGCACCCUUUGCGGAAGCGCCCGUGCCAAUCAAAAAAACCGAAUGGACCGUGGACGAGCUGGUAGAAGAAGCAAUAAUGCAGCUGCUCACCGAGCUCCAGGCCAUGUUUUUGCGCGACGUCAAGAACCGAACGCUCACACCGCUCCUCACCGACUUUUUCCGGCCUCAAGGCGCCGGUGGGCAGAGACUCGCGCAGCACCGCCCAAGCACGGAAAGUACAGCACACGUUGCCCGACGUAUCCAGGGCCAGCUGCCCUCUUUUCGCAAGCGCCCUGAAGUCGUUGCAGUGCAAAAGAAUGCGGAAAAGCCCCCUGUGAAGCCGAAAAAAAAUUGGCGCGAUGCGCUCGACUACUCGGGCGAUGAGAGCGAAGAGAGUUUAGGGCCAUCCACACAUGUCCCAUCCACGCCGCCGCCGCCGCCAGACCCUAUUGGGUUGGGAAUCACGGAGGAUGAAGAAGAGCUCUAUUACUUGCAGCUGCUCCUGCAACGCGAGGCAAAUGGCCAGCUUGCGAUGCACGGCACGGCGCUGGAGACCAUGGUCCACAAGAGUGGCAGCGCGCGGUCCGAAGGAUUCUACCGCAUCCCUGCUGCGGAGAAAGCCAUGCACCUCCCCGACCGCAAUCGCGCCGUGGUAGAUACCAGCACGACGGGCUCUGGCCUUGCUUCCGCGCGUGGAAAUCGUGCCGACUCGCGGCGCCUUGCCCUGGAUAUGGAGCAGCAUAAGCGCGAGACCAUGACGGACACGGACAUCUUGAAAUUUAACCAGCUCCAAACGCGCAAGAAGCAAUUGUGUUUCGCGAAAAGCCCCAUUCACGACUGGGGCUUGUACGCAAUGGAGACCAUUCCUGCUGGAGAUAUGGUGAUUGAGUAUGUAGGCGAGGUGGUCCGGCAGCAGGUUGCGGAUCUGCGCGAGAAGAUGUACGAACGUGCGGGCAACUUCAGCACGUACCUUUUCCGUGUGGACGACGACGUAGUCGUGGAUGCCACACUCAAAGGCAACAUUGCGCGCCUCAUGAACCACUGUUGCACACCAAACUGCACGGCCAAGAUCCUGACGCUGCAGGGCGAAAAACGGAUCGCGCUCUUGUACGUGUGA